AUGUCCACCUGCCCCGUCUGCGACCAGGUCAUCCACGCAGACGACGCGGCGUUCGCGCACCACGUCAAUGCCCACUUUGACGAGGCUCCGCUGGACCUCUCUGGCAGCGACGCCGGUGGCCCAAGCGCGGCAACUCUUGUGGCCCACAAUGACAACCAGUUUCUCGGACACGAGCCUGCCAAAGCAGACACCGCGUGCUUUGUGUGCGGUACCGACCUCUCCGGUCUGUCCGAGCUAGCGGCCAACGCGCACGUCAGCGACUGCCUGGACGGCGGUGCUGGUGGUGCGCCCGAGCCCGAUUUCGGCGAAGAAGACGAUGAAGACCUGUACAACUCAUCGCAAGAUGAGGCCGUCCAGCAUGCUCGCAAGGACCGCACCGCCGACGGCGCGUGGGACGGCGCCGCCUUUGCCGCGCGUGGAGGUGGAACCGACAAGGCCGGCAAGGGCGACAAGUGGUGGGACCCCGUGCGUGGAAGCUUGGGCGCCGGUGCCGUUCCCCCAAACUUCUCCCCUGGCCUGAUACCCGUUCUUCAAAGUCUUCUCCAGCGCUCCGCAGAGUCGGGUAACACGCGCUCAGCAGUCCUGGCCAAGAACGGUGUUCACAUUCGCGGAUCCUGGGGCUUUGAUGGAACCUGGGGAUGUGGAUACCGCAACGGCCUGAUGGCGAUCGCCACGACAUGGGCCACGUACGGUCCAGUCUUCCAGGGAGACCCCGGUGUACGAGCCAUCCAGACCUGGAUUGAAGACGCCUGGCGGUCGGGCUUCGACGUGGCCGGCAAGGAGCAACUCAAAGGCAAGCUGGUGGGCACGCGCAAGUGGAUUGGAACGACAGACCUCUAUGCCAUGUUCUCUGCACUCGGCAUCUCGUGCACACUUUACGACUUCCCUAAACCCUCCGACCGCCGAACCGACGAACCCACGUACAAGAUUCUCGAACGCUGGACGAGGACGUACUUUGACAGCGACGCUUCUCAAACCGGGUCCACCGACGACGCGUUUCACGAGCUCAUGCGUCCCGCAGUGCGAGUCGGUACCAAGUUGCCGUUCAUUCUACAGCACGCUGGCCACUCCCGCACCGUCGUUGGAUACGAGCUCACUGGCAAGGACUUCAACCUGCUUAUCUACGACCCUGCCAAGACGGUGCCAAAGGACGUCCGCGAGGCUGGCAUUGGGUCGCUGCGACUGGCGCGAGACAGCCCAGCCGCCUCCAACGGCGCCUCACCUGCCUCACCUCAACCCCGCGGUGACGUGCGCGAAGGUGUCGCAGCGGCCGAUCUGAGCGAUAGCGAUGAGGUGACUGCUGGUGGCUGGGUGCGUCGCAAGGCCAAGAAGGACAAGGGCGACAAGAACGACCCCCUUCUCUCGUCGCUGAAUGUGUUUCGUGUCAACCUCGGGCGUUGGAAGGCGCACACGCAGUACCAGGUUCUGGCCUUUGACGGGAGGCCGCUCCUCGGCCCAAGGGGGAGGGUGGCACGCAAGGUGGUCGACAGCGUCGUCGUCGAGGCUUGA